AAACUUCUUCAGAUAACAAGCAAUUUGUAUAAAAUUAUAAGCUUUUAAUCUACCCAGAAUUAAAUGUUUAGAAUUAUUAUUUUGAAAACAAUCUUUACAAAACUGGUGCUAAUACUCAGACACUGGUAGCAUGUCAUCGUUUUUCCCUUCACUUGUACCAAGUGCAUCAGAUCCUUUGUGGUUUACUGUUGAUAAACCAUGCGAUGACGAAGAAGAAAUUUCAAAAUUGGAAGAAGAACACACUUCAUGGAUGGAAAGCAUUGCAAAGAAAGACAGCAAUAUUGUUCCUAUUGGAAAAACAGCAUCAGAGCACAUGGAGGAUGAAGAAGAAGACGAGGAAGAUGAUGAUGGAGAUGAUGAUGAUGAAAGUGACACAAACGAUGAUGAAUUAGAUACAGAUAUGUUAGAUGACAGGGAAUCAGGGGAUGAAGCAGGUUGAAAAAUUAUGGGCUUAGAUAAAACUUUAACAUUAAAUGUUGGAAGAUGCUUGUUGUUAAAUGCUGUUCCUUCCAGAUCAAGUUACCAUGGACAUUUUACAACUUGUUUGCAAUUGUUGUUGUACUGAUAAAUUAAUGGUUCAAAGAGACUAUAAAUAUUGUAAUGAAGAGUAUAUUAAAUGUAUUUUUAAAUGAU